AUGCAGUCUACCGACCCACAAGAUCCUCCUGCAGCCCCAGGCACACCCGCCCUCGCCCCGCCCGUCGAGCCCACCUCGACCACCGCCGACCACCAGCAACCGCAGCCUCGAGUGCGCCGCAAGCUCCCCCAGCUCUUGGCCGACGAGGUCGUCGCCGACGAGCUCAUCGAGGGCGCUCCCUCGCGCAACGGCGGCAGGCUCCUCACCGACGACCGCGACCCGUGGACCCACAACGCCUGGGACCAGGUCUCGUGGGGCGCAGAAGAGGAGACGUUCGCCCAGGCCGCCCUCGAGCGACAGCGCAACUCGCCCGUCCCGCAACACCUCCAGGACGAGUUCAACGCCAACCCGGCCGCCCAGUGGGACAAGUUCUACGCCUUCAACAAGGACAACUUCUUCAAGGAGCGCUCGUGGCUCAACAACGAGUUCCCGGACCUCGCCGCGUGCCUCAAACCCGACGCAGGACCGCGAACCGUCGUCGAGAUCGGCUGCGGCAACGGCAGCACGCUCUUUCCUCUGCUCGCCGACAACGAGAACCCUCUGCUCGACCUGCAUGGCUACGACUAUUCGAAAGAGGCCGUCUCUGUCGUCAAGAGCUCGCCCUCGUUCGACCCGGCUCGCUGCACAUGCGACGUGUGGGACCUCUCGUCGCGCGAGGGCCCGCCGCCGACCGUCAAGCCCGGCUCGGUCGACGUCCUCACCAUGAUCUUUGUCUUUAGCGCUCUGCAUCCCGACGAAUGGGCCCAGGCCGUCCGCAACGCUCACGAGAUGCUCAAGCCAGGCGGCAUCCUCCUGUUCCGCGACUAUGGCCGCAACGAUCUCGCCAUGCUGCGCUUCAAGGCGAACCGGUACAUGCAGGACGGCCUGUACGUCCGCGGCGACAACACGCGCGUCUACUUCUUCGAGCGAGACGAGCUGCAGUACAUCUUUGGCGGCGUGCGACGAGUCGACGGCGCCGGCACGAGCGCGUCCGCCUCGGUCGACAGCGCAGCAGGCGCAGCAGGGCCGACAGACGCAGACGCGGCGACCGAGGAGACGACGACGACGCUCGAGGAGCUGCCCUCGGGCGAGGUCGUGCCGACGAGCGCGCUCCCAUCGCUCGACACGACGCCCGCCUCGUCCCGCCCCUCGACGCCCUCUCAGCCCUCUUCCGACCCCGCCGCCCCCUCGUCUGUAUCCGCACUCACGCCCACAUCCGCCCCGGCGCCCACACCCUCACCCGCCUCGCUCGCCGUCCAGCGCGGCGAGACGCUCACGCCCGUGCGGUUCGAGCUCCUCAAGCUCGGCGUCGACCGCCGCUUGCUCCUCAACCGCAAGCGCCAGCUCAAGAUGUUCCGCGUGUGGAUGCAGGGCAGGUGGAGGAAGCCGCUUGAUGCGGCGGCGGAGGAGCAGGAGGAGGGGGAGGGGGGAGCGAGGGAGGAGGUCGGUGCGCGAGGGGAGGAGGAGCAGUAGCUGCGGGUGUAACGACACUCUCGCUCUC